GCUGCACGAGACAUUACUUCAAGUUCUUUCUAUUCACACUCAGAUUUGGCGGGUUUUCCACAUACAAAACGAUCAACCUCUGGUAUUUUAUGUGUUUUUGGGAUCUUUAAUUAUUUCUUGGUAUUGAAAGAAUCAACCAACCAUUUCAAGGUCUUCUUCAAAAGCUGAAUACAAGUCCAUGGCUAUAGCUUUGCAUAGGUGAUAUGGAUUUCUUUGCAUAGUUCUGUAAUAAUACUUCAGCUAAAAGGAAAGCCCGUGUUAUUUCAGCUAUCAUGAAAAUAUCAAAAGGCCCAUACAAAAUACGAGACUCAACAAUUAGCUCCAAACACAGGAUCAUUACUAUUUUCGUUUUCGACUUUUCUUUGAUCAUCAUUCAUUCCAUCAGAAGACACUAUAGUCUUCUCUCUCUUUCUCUCUCGAAUACUUUCUUUGAAUCUGAAUGGCGCAAAUUCCAAAUUUGGAUAAUGCGCCUCUGAAUCUCACUUCUCUCAGAGAACAAUCACAGAAAGAUCUUCUUAACAUCCUCAGAAACAUUCGUGGAAACAAGUGCUUGAUUGUGGAUCAAAAACUUAGUGGAUCACUCUCAUUGAUCAUUAAAACAUCAAUCCUCAAGGAAUAUGGAGUAGAGCUACGUCAUUUGUCGUCGGAACCUGUACAAACGGAAUGCCCGAAGGUGGUUUACCUUGUAAGGUCACAGCUGAAUUUAGUGAAGUUGAUUUCUGCUCACAUUCAAAAUGACAUAUCUAAAGGAACUCAAAGAGAGUAUUCAGUUUAUUUCGUUCCUCGGCGUACUGUUGCGUGUGAAAAGAUUUUUGAGGAAGAAAAAGUUCACCACUUACUCACUAUUGGGGAGUACCCGUUAUACAUGAUUCCUUUGGACGAGGAUGUGCUUUCAUUUGAGCUUGACCUAGCUUAUAGAGACUACCUGGUUGAUGGUGAUACAAAUGCUCUUUGGCAUAUCGCAAAAUCUAUACAUAAACUGGAGUAUUCAUUUGGAGUUAUACCAAAUGUGAGGGCUAAAGGCAAAGCUUCAACACGGAUCUCAGAAAUUCUGACGCGUAUGCAAGUUGAAGAGCCAGUCAGCACAUCAUCAGAUGUUGGAAUCCCGGAGAUAAAUACACUCAUCCUUUUGGAUAGAGAGGUAGACAUGGUUACACCUAUGUGUUUCCAGUUGACAUAUGAAGGCCUAAUGGACGAGAUUCUGCGUGUCAAUAAUGGUUCUGUUGAGCUCGAUGCAUCUAUUAUGGGCAACCAACAGCAAGAAGGAAAAAAGACAAAGGUUCCGCUUAAUUCAACUGAUAAGCUAUUCAAGGAGACUCGUGAUCUUAACUUCGAAGUCGUAGUUCAGGUUCUUCGUCAAAAAGCAACAGAUAUGAGGCAGGAUUAUAAGGAAAUACAGACUGCUAAUCAAUCAGUCUCAGAAUUAAAGGAUUUUGUCAAAAAACUCAACUCGCUGCCAGAAGUUACUAGGCACAUUAAUCUGGCUCAGCAUUUGACUACAUUUACAUCAAAACCAUCAUUCUCUGGGAAACUGGAUAUGGAGCACACAAUUGUGGAGGGAGAGAGUUACGACAUAUGCUUCGAGUACAUUGAAGAAAUGAUUCACAAACAGGAGCCCAUUGUCAACGUUCUACGUCUUCUUGUCUUAUUUUCUGUUACGAACUCAGGUUUACCUAAAAAGCAAUUUGAUUAUAUAAGGAGAGAGUUUCUGCACAGCUAUGGAUUUGAACAUAUUGCUACUCUGUGUAAUUUGGAAAAGGCUGGACUGUUCAAAAAACAGGAGGUUAAAGGCAACUGGCUGAUGAUCAAACGUGCAUUGAACCUUAUCGUUGAAGAUACUGAUACCGCUAACCCCAAUGAUAUUGCCUAUGUCUUCUCGGGAUAUGCUCCUCUUAGCAUACGGCUUGUGCAGCAUGCUGUUAGAUCUGGAUGGCGUCCCAUUGAAGAGAUUUUGAAGCUGCUGCCUGGACCACAUUCUGAAAUUAAGAGAGGUGGAUAUUCAAGCACUCCAUCAUUUGACACGCUUCCAGGUGCUCCAGCCAGUAUUGACAAAGUUGCAGAUGGGAGGCGCUCCCUAGUAUUGGUUGUCUUUGUUGGGGGAGUUACAUUUGCAGAGAUUUCUGCUCUUCGUUAUCUCAGUGCUCAGGAAGGAAUGGCAUAUGACUUGAUUGUUGGGACGACAAAAAUGGUGAAUGGACACAGUAUAAUGGAGACAUUCUUGGAAACCAAUGCUUAAACAAGAAUGACUUUUUUUUUAAUAGUUUUGUGCAUUAACAAGGACAGAGAGAAAGAGAGUGAUACACCAAGUACUGUAUGGUAUAGUUUACAGCGAUAAAACAUUUUUUUCCCUAUUUCUCUUGUGAAUAUCUGUAUCUCAGUAUCGGUUGUGCAGAAUGAAAAAGAAAUCAAACUUACAAACGGUAUAUUGCCUUUUGGAGCA